AUGACUCUAACGCAUCGCGAAGCAAAAGAACAAAAAUUGGAAAUUCUAUUUCCACCACCACUUCUCCAUUCAUUUUCAAACCCACAAGAAUCUUUCUUCUCCAAUACUUCUUAUUCUCCAUUCUCACCAAAUUUAUUAACCGAGGAUCUUGUUAGUAAAGUUAUAGAUGUUCUGAGUAGUACUUUAGAUGAGAUAAAAAAUGAGAUAUGGAAAACUUUUUUAAAUCCUAAUGAAGAUCAAAUACCAAAAGGCUUCAUUUCUGAUUUUAAUAAGUUAAUAUCCAAGACACCAUUUUCUCAAUAUCCAAAUGUCCAACGCCAACCAAUUAAAAAUUUGCAGCAUCUUAUAUCAAUACUUUCAGUCGGGAUUCAUUCGCCUGAAACCGAACUAAUUCAUCAAGUUUUUGACUUCUACAACCAAAUUACAGCUUUCUUGACCGUAAUUCACAUGUUCUUUGAAGUUGUAGUUAUGGACUUUUUAUCGAAAGCAGAUAGUGAUAAAAAUUCAAGGCGUUUAGAAAUGGACCAUUUUAUGAGAAUUUUUCAUUUUAAAGACAAUUUUUUGGAUAAACAAUUUCAAUCACAAAGAAGCGAAGAUGAAGAUAAAACAAACGAGAGUUUAGAUUCUUACACAUGGUACUAUCAUAAAAAUGUUUACGAAAAAGAUUUUUAUCAUUUAGAUCUUUCAAGAAGGUUUCAAAGCCUUUCUAUACGUUUUAACACUUUAGAAACUAUAGAGUCAAUCCUUUCUUUUUUCUACACAAGAAAUUUUUUAAAUACCACUGCUAAAGAGCAUCAAAAAGACCACGGUCAAUUCUAUACCCCAAAAGAAGUAAUUAAAUUCAUGUGGGAUAGGGUUUUCAUCAGCAGAGAAAAUCAGACUUGGAUCGAGAAAUUAUUUGUUUUCAACAAAAUUCCUAGCAACGGCAACUCCUCCACCUCUUCUGAUGCUUUUAUUCAUCAUCAAAAUCGUAAUUAUGACAAUAAAAGGAAAUCACCGCAUCAUCACCAUAAUGAUCACAAUAUAAAUUCAUCAUCAGAAUCUUGGGAAUUUUUACCUAAUGCUCCAAUGGUUUUGGAUCCUUGUAUGGGAAUCGGUUCAUUUUUAUGUGAAUUUAUUAAUCGUGUAAUCUUGGCUGCUAAACAAACCCCUAGUAUAUGGAACAAUCCAAAUGCAAUUUCUAAUCUUAUUAAAUCUUUAGCAAAAAAUAUCUGGGGCAUAGAAAUUGAUUCAUUUGCAUUUCAUUUAUGCAAAUUAAACAUCAUCCUUCACCUAUUACCGUUAUACAAACAAUUUAAAGACAAUCCUCCUUUUACGAAAGUCCUUAAAUUAGAUCGGUUACAUUUAUUUUGUAAUGACACUUUAAAUUUAUUUCUUCCAAAACGUGAACAUACCUGGGAAUAUGACAAUUUACGGUUGCUUCGUUCUCCACAUAAUCUCAAAUUUGAUUUCAUCGUAACAAAUCCACCAUACAUGAUCCGUAAGACAGGAUUCAUCUCUGAGCCUGAUAUUGAACUAUUUGAUGAAAGAGUUCUGGGCAAAGGUGGCAUGCAAGCGUAUGCUUAUUUCUUUUGGUUCUGCGUGGAAAGAUGUAGGGAAGAAACUGGAGAAAUAUGUUUAAUAAGUGCGAGUCAAUGGAUGAGUUUAGAAUUUGCAGACAAACUAAGAUUUUGGAUGUGGGAUAAAUGUUAUUUUGUAGAAUUUUUUCAAUUUGAACCUUUUAAAGUGUGGAGGAAAAUACAAACCGACUCUUUAAUUUUCCGAUUACGUCGUCGUAGCGAAUCAAUAAUUUCAAAUGGAUCCCCAAAUAUUGGUCUAUCGAUCACAGCCAACAAUAAAGACGAUAAUGCUAAUGAUAUACUAUUUUUACGUUAUAUGAAUCGUAAAGCUAGUCUUAAAGAAACUCUUCAGGCCUAUGCAAACUUCGAUGCAAGUAAACCACAAUUUGACAAGGACAUGCAUCAUAAAAUCACUAAACCAUUCAAACUCUCACACCAAAACAAUUCAUUUUCAUUCACUUUUUUAAUGCCAACAUCAGCUGUUAGUGCCUAUCUUCACUCUAUAACCAUGAAUUUUCCUUCGCUAUGCGAUCACUCUAGCAUGAAACCUACAUGGCUGGAAUGUAAUCCAUUGAUUUGGCAUAGAGGUCCAAACACUAAUCCAGUAUAUGCACUAGUGGUUCGUACAUCGUGGGCAUAUUCUAAAUUUGGUGUAGAUAUAUGCAGGGAAUGGUUAAAACCAGUGUUUUAUUGGAAUGGUAAAAAUGGUGGAAAAGAAGCUGAUUUCUGGAAAAAAAUGGGCGAUGAAUUGCGGCUCGAAAAAAAAGAAAAUUCCCCAGCAGAAGCCUAUGUUCCAUUCAUAUCUCAUAAUGCUGGUGGUGCUACAAUAUCAAAAAGUGGACUUGAACAAGAUAAAUCAAUGUAUUCAUUAAUUAUGGUUGAUAGAAACGCGAUUGAAAAAAUACGCAGCAACCAUACUGAAGAUAGUCCCUUUUGGAUUUAUCUAAAAGAAGCACGUAAAUGUUUACAAACUACCAUGACAACACGAGAAGUUGUAUACUGUGGCACAAGUAAAUGCGGGUUAGUUAUACCUUGA